GGGGCAAAUCCACGUAUGCAAAACUUGGAAUCGAGUCCUGACCCCACAGUAGGGAGUAGGCCCCACCAUAUUUCACCAUAUAACCCCCGCACCCCGAUCCCCUGGCAGGCAUCAAUCCAAACCCUUCCACGCUCGGUUUAUUCACGCAACAAGGAGUCAAGGAGUCAAGGACUAUUUCUCCCAGUUCCCAUGGAUGAUUUGACCAUCCCUCCUUCCUCCACCUCUUCUCUUCUAUGUCUCCCCCGUGAUUCCCAACCCUCCCUCCAGCAAAAGCUCCAAUUUCUUCUCAACAGUCAGCCUCACUGGUGGCUCUACGCCAUUUUCUGGCGGAUUUCCAACGACGACGUCAAUGGCACUCUCCUCCUCUCCUGGGGUGAUGGCCAUUUCAAUGGCACCAAGGACACCUCUCCUCGACUCUCCAGUUCCACCACCGCCGCCACCUCCUCCGCCACUCCCCAUUACACCGACCUCCAUUCCGACAGAACACGCUUCGUGAACAGCAUUCACUCUCUCAUCAACGACAACACCGCCAACAUAUGCAGCGAUCUCCAUGAUACCGAGUGGUUCUACGUCAUGUCCCUGACUCGUACCUUCUCCAUUGCCUCCCCUGCUUCUCUCCCUGGUAAGGCCUUCACUUCUGGCUCUCCGCUCUGGCUCAACAGCGAUCACGACCUCCAAUUUUGCAACUGCGAGAGGGCCAAGGAGGCUUACUUGCACGGAAUUGAGACUCUGAUCUGCAUCCCCACCAAUAACGGAGUUAUCGAAAUGGGUUCCUCUGAUUUCAUACCCGAAAACUGGGCUCUCGCUCAGCAGGCCAAAGCUCUGUUCGGGUCUGACCUCAUCUCCAAGCAACCCAACAACAACCUGAUUCAGUUCUUCGACGAUCAGAACAUUUCCUUUGCCGAUAUCGGCAUUAUCGCCGGCGUGCAGGAGGAAGACGACAAUUCCCACGUGCCCGACAACAAUAACAGCGCGAGGAAUGAUAAUAGCAAGAAGAAGCGGGAACAGAGGAACAAGGCGAAUUCGGGAUUCAAGUUCGGGUAUGCAGAUUCGGAGCAUUCCGAUUCGGACUGCAAUCCUUCGAUAGAGAAAAGAACCCCGAAAAAGAGAGGGAGAAAACCCGGCCUGGGCCGCGAAACGCCGCUGAACCACGUGGAGGCAGAGCGACAGCGACGGGAGAAGCUGAAUCACCGGUUCUACGCCCUGCGCGCAGUGGUUCCGAACGUCUCGAGAAUGGACAAGGCUUCUCUGUUAUCGGACGCCGUGGACUACAUCAACGAGCUGAAAUCGAAGAUCGAGGACCUGGAAUCGCAGGUUCAGAAAGAAACGAACAAUAACAGCAAGAAAGUGAAAACGGAAUUGGCGGACACUAGCACGACAGACAACCAGAGCGCGACGACAUCGACGGUGGAGCAAACAAUGACGACGUCAUCGGGAGGGCCUGGCGGGACAGGGAUGGAGGUGGAGGUGAGGAUCAUGGGGCCGGAGGCAAUGGUGAGGGUCCAAUCGGAGAAGGCAAACCACCCAGGGGCGAGGCUAAUGGCGGCGUUGAGAGACCUGGAGCUAGGGGUUCACCAUGCGAGCAUGUCGUGUGUGAACGAGCUCAUGCUGCAGGACGUGGUGGUGAAGAUUCCUGAAGAUUUGAGGAACAACGAGGCUCUCAAAUCCGCCAUUCUGGGGCGUUUGGCUCCCUAGAAAUACCCCGUCACGAUUCAUUAUUUACCACUAUACCCUCUUCUUAGUUACCACUUGCCAGCAUGUGCAUAUUUCUUUCCCAGAAAUUUUAGUUUCUUUGCGGUGUUGAGGAAUCGUUA